AUGGAGAUCAUCAAUCUUCCGAUCAGUGGACUCAACAAUACCGAAUGUCUGGGUAAGUAUAAAAUUCACACGAAAAUCAAAUCACGGAUAAACUCGUUUGAGGCGAAUCUGGAUUUUAUUGCUGUCCCGAAGAUAACAAAUUUACCUACUAUCCAGGUGGACACUAAGACAUGGCCCGUUCCUGUAGGCAUCCGCUUGGCUGAUCCCUCCUUCAACAUACCUGACGAAAUCCAAAUGAUUAUUGGAGCUGAAUUGUUUUUCGAUCUAAUCAAGGAGCGAAUUAGACUCGGCAAUACGAUGCCAACCUUAAUCGACACGCAUUUCGGAUGGGUAAUCAGCGGAUUGACUACAGGAAACACUAAAGAGCAACAACGAAGAACAUGUCAACUACAUGUAAGCAACGAAGAACUCAAUCAUACAUUGACAAAAUUUUGGGAACUUGAAACAUAUCAAGACGCACCUUGCUUGACAACAGCAGAGCGUUCGGUCGAAGCACAUUUUGAAAGUACAUUCACCCGAGACGAGAGUGGUCGCUAUAAGGUCAGAUUACCAUUCAACAAAAAGAAAGGUCAGCUAGGUGACUCUCUUGCAACAGCCAAACAUCGCUUCGACAAAUUACUACGAACAUUUAGCAAUGACGAGAAAAGGAUUCGAUACACAGAAUUUAUGAACGAGUAUUUGACUCUAGGUCAUAUGGUCGAAGUAAAAGACAAUACUAUCGAUUGUUAUUUUCUUCCUCAUCACGCAGUUUAUAAAGAAUCCAGCAGCACUACUAAAAUAAGAGUAGUCUUUGACGCUUCAGCGAAAACAACAACAGGUUUCUCGCUGAACGAUGCAUUGGAGAUAGGUCCAACCGUGCAAAGCGACCUAAAAUCGAUUAUCAUGCGAUUCUGCUGUCAUCAAACUGUGCUGACAGCAGAUAUACCCAAAAUGUACCGACAGGUACAAAUCUAUGAAGACGAUCGUAAGUUUCAGCGUAUUUUUUGGCUGAACACGGAGAACAGACCGACAACCUUUGAACUAACAACCGUAACGUAUGGAUGCUCCAGUGCACCAUAUUUGGCAACGCGCGUGCUAACGCAGUUAGCAACUGAUGAAGCAGCCGAAUUUCCGCUUGCAUCAAGGAUCGUCAAGCAAGACAGUUAUGUUGAUGAUUUCCUCACUGGAGGCAAUUCACCGGCAGAAGUCAUAGAAAUCUACAAACAACUUUCUGAAAUGCUGCGGCGGGGCGGCUUUGGAGUGCACAAAUUUUGCUCCAACAGUGAACUUGUCCGUAAAAACAUUCCAAUUGAGCUUCAAGAGUCACAAAUGAAUUUUGAGGAUGCAGAUAUAAACAGUGCAAUUAAAACACUAGGAUUAAUCUGGAAUCCUACAGAAGAUUACUUCACGUACCAUGUUAAAACCUUCGCCUUGCAAAAUAGCACAACAGUUACGAAGCGGAUGGUUUUGUCCGACAUAGGCCGCUUAUUCGAUCCUUUGGGAUUUUUGGGACCAAUCAUCACUUUGGCGAAGAUUUUAAUGCAGGAUCUCUGGCGGCUCAAACUAAAUUGGGACUAG